AUGGCGGCGCCAGACGACGCCGCGGAGGAGAUGGACAUGCUGCUCUCCAUGUUCCCCGACGAGGCGAGGAGGGACCCCACCCACCCGUCGACGCUUGUCCUCGCGUUGCCCUUCCGCUUCGUGCUCCACGUCACUGUGCCGCCGCGCGGGUACCCGGAGGCCGCACACCCCUCGCUCUUCGUCGCGGCGGGGCCGAACGCGCCUCUCAUAACGCAGUUUUUGUCCCAACUAACGAGGGCCCUCCGCGAGGAGGUGCCGCUUGGUGGGCCGAUGCUGCUGCACAUCUUCACCCUUGCGCAGGACAUGGCAGGUGAACUGCAGCAAACGCGUGAAGCGGCGGUGCGGGAGGCGCAGGAGCGGCGGGAGGCGACGGAGUCGGACGCGCAGCUGGCCCUUGCCGUGCGAGAGACCUCGUCGGUGGAGGUGUGGGCCAGCGAUGCCAUCACCGAUCGCAAGUCGAAGUUUGUGGCGCACAUGGCGCGCGUCGACUCGGAGGAGGCUGUGCGGGCGGUGGUGAAGCAUCUUCGGCGUCAGAAACACAUUGCGGAGGCGGCGCACCCAGCCAUCUACGCCUACCGCUUCACCGACGCCGCCGGUGUGGUGCACCUCGACAGCGACGACGACGGCGAGACGGGGGCAGCGGCGCGGAUCCUGUUCCUUUUGGAGCAGCUGAAGGUGGACGGCUAUUUGGUGGUUGUGACGCGCUGGUUUGGCGGCAUUCUCCUUGGCCCGGACCGGUUUAAGCACAUCAUGGAGGUGGCGCGGAACGUCUUGCUGACGAUCCCGCAGCGGGAGCAGGAGCAGGGGGAGGGGGGGAGCUGCCGCGGCGGGCAACGCAGGCGGUGA